CGACCACCAUGUCCUUCUUCGGCUCAGCGGCCUCGACGUCGACAGCGACACAAGACAAAGAUAUUGAAGUCGUCGACCCACCUCCAGAUUCUAUCUCAUCCCUGGGGUUCUCUCCCGCCGCAGAUUAUCUUGCUGUUGGAAGCUGGGACAACAAUGUGCGUAUAUACGAAGUAGGCUCUGCAGGGCAGACCCAGGGGAAAGCAAUGUAUUCACACCAAGGCCCGGUGCUGAGUCUUUGCUGGAAUAAGGACGGUACCAAGAUCAUUUCCGGCGGCGCGGACAAUGCAGCUCGACUUUUCGACAUCCAGAGUGGGCAGUCGUCACAAGUUGCGCAACACGACAAUGCAGUCAAGGUCGUCAAAUGGAUUGAAACACCACAGGGGGGAAUCCUUGCCACUGGUAGUUGGGAUAAGACAUUGAAGUACUGGGACCUACGAACCCCAAACCCGAUCACCGUCGUUCAACUUCCAGAGCGAUGUUACUCCAUGGACGUGCAGUAUCCCUUGCUCGUCGUGGGCACCGCAGAGCGCCACAUUGCCUCUUUCGACCUUGCCAAAAAUCCUGCCGCCCCACAGAAAGUCAUGAUCUCCCCCCUAAAGUGGCAAACUCGUGUCGUGUCAUGUUUCCCGCAAGCUAACGGAUUCGCUGUCGGGAGUGUCGAAGGGCGUGUUGCAAUCCAGUACACCGACGACUCACAGUCCGCCAAUAAUUUCUCGUUCAAGUGCCACCGACGGGACUCAGCGCCUAACUCGAAGGACCAAUCUUUGGUCUUCGCAGUGAACGAUAUUGGCUUUCACCCAGUACACGGCACAUUCUCGACUUGCGGAUCCGAUGGAACUAUCAACUUCUGGGACAAGGAUGCACGGACACGCCUGAAGACCUUCGACGCUUGCCCCGGCCCAAUUGCGGCCACCGCCUUCAAUAGGACCGGAUCGAUCUUCGCCUACGCCAUAUCUUACGACUGGUCCAAGGGACAUUCGGGCAUGACCAGCGGUCACCCGAACAAGAUUAUGCUGCACGCCACGAAGGACGAUGAGGUGAAGAAGAGGCCGUCGAAGCGGUAGUUACCCUGGCGGACUAGUUCAGGACGGCAUGACCGGGGUCUGAGAUAGUCGUCGUAUUGCUUGCUUUUUCUUCGCUGUUGUUUUCGUUCUAUGACCAUCGAUUGACCCCGCAUUCCAGGAUGAUUAUGAUCUUCCCUUUGUAAGGUCGGAGGAGAGUCCUGAAGUUCAUUCCGAGUCAGAUAUCGUGUUACAGCUGUUUUCAGAAUCGUAGUCG